ACCCACCAACUGGUGGGGCCCGUAUCACGCAUCUAUUUAUGUGACUGGAUGUGGUCCAUCAAUGUUCGGAUAGUAGCAGCAUCAUGGCAGGAGUGAAAGUCGCACCGAUGAGACCAUGGAAGGAUUUCUUUCCUGGUGUUGAUCAGUUUGCCAAACCUGAUGUAUCUGAUUUGAGCAAAUGGAAUAACAGAGUGAUCAACAAUCUACUUUAUUAUCAGACGAAUUACUUUGCUGCGGCCAUCGUCGUGUUAUUGAUUGUUGGGUUUUUGAACCCCUUGGGCAUGCUUCUUGGUGGUGUAGUUGUAGCUGCGGUCUUCAUGGGCUCUGUAUGGGCAGGAGAGAACCAGGCUAUGAUCAAGAAUUUUAAAAAGAAGAAUCCAUCUCUGUUUGUGGUUGCUGUUUUGGGAAUCAGCUACUUCCUGCUGUCGAUGUGUGGAGGAGUGAUUGUGCUUCUUUUUGGUAUUACAUUUCCCAUGCUAUUGUGUCUUAUCCACGCUUCUCUGAGACUUCGCAACAUGAAGAACAAGUUGGAGAACAAGAUUGAGGGUGUUGGCCUAAAGAAGACGCCAAUGGGAGUCAUAAUGGAUCUUCUUGAUCAGCAAGAAGAGAAAAUCAACAAAGUCCAGGAUUUCUUGGAGAGUAAGCUGAAAGAUUAAGCAUCAGUACCAUCAACAUUUUUUUAUUUUGAAUGGUUUAUUGUUGUUGUCAGAUAUUUGACCACCACAUGGCACUUUUGAGAUAUCCUUUGAAUAUACCAAAGUAUGACAAUGCAUAAACAUAAGCUUUUAUCCCUUAACCAUUAAGUAUGGUGAAGUGUUAAAGCUAUUUAAUGCUGUUUUUAUUUCUUGCUAUUGUGAAAAACUGUCCGUUAAACUGUAUUUUUGUCCGAAAUAGGCAUUUUAAAUUAAUCACAAACCCUUUGUGCUUGCACCUCUUAUUGUAAUUUUGUCUAUUUUUGUUUACAUAGAAAUGAUCAUAAAUAUGUAUGCGAUGUAAAGCAUGAAAAUAUUUAUAUAGACAAUUACAGAAAGCACUUUGAUAUUUUAGUUUAGUUGUGUGCACCUCUUGCCAGGUUAUAUGUUUUGUUGCCAUUUUAAUUAAAAGUAGAAAUGAAUGUAAUAAAAUUUGAAUUUGGAUAAGUAUGGGCACAUUUCAAACCGUAACAUUGCCUUUGGUAGAAAUCAGACUUAAUAAUAGACUUAAAUAUAUCAUAUUUUCCCACUCUUAAAGCUUAAGGAUGGUGAAGGCCAUUAACAAAAGAUUUUAUUUCGUCUUCUGAUUUUUUUUUUUUGCUGCUUAUAUUUUGACUGCAGAUAAUAACAAAAUUAAACAUGGUAACCUAUAAAUUAUUUGUAUGUAUUAUUUGCUAAAUUCUUUUUAUGGCCCAAGCACGAUGGGGUGAGAGUGAACUUUGUUCAAAGGCCCCUAUUGCUUUCUAAGGAUUUUUUUUCUAAGGUUGGGAUCAUUUUGGAAUACUUGACAUGCUCAAAAGGUUGAAAAUUGUCACAUAGACGUCCAUUGGGCAUGAGCAAAGGUUUGCACAUGGGUGUGGUGGGGGCUGUGCUACAUGUCAAAUAAACUUUGUGCAGAGAUGGCACAUGUACAAACUUU